AUGUUAAAUGGUAAAGAUGUAAACCCCUUACUUCUGACCGUCACCAUAGUUACACUAUCCCGUAUCUGGAUGCAUUUGGAGGGAGUCUGGUAUAUUAUGGAAUCAGAGUGCUUGUUUCUUAUUGUUUGUUGUUGUCUGGGUUUAGUGCGCUCUCAAUCUAUUCCGUUUGAGCAACCCAGUUCAUGUGAGAGGGAUCCCCUACCAGGACAGUAUUUUGAUAUCUCAAGUCUCUCAUGUCAACCAUGUGGCCCCAACCAGCAACCACGAGCUGAUCAGUUAGGAUGUGAAUGUGUGCACAAUGCAAGACUGCUAUCAGAUCAUGGUGGACCUGACAUUGAAUGUCAGAUCUGUCCAUCAAAUACAGUGGCCACUUCGGAUGGAUACGACUGUGUAGCUUGUGAUGCUACUGCCCCUUAUGAUUCAGCAACGAAGGCUUGCACGCCUUGUAAUCCACCUACAAUUGUGGUUGAUAGAGAACAGAAUGGAAGAAUACAGAAUGUGAGGUGCUUGUCGUGUGUAUCAGGAACACGUCUUCGUAAUUCUCGAUGUCUCCCCUGUAGUCCUCUUCUUGACGAGUCAGUAGAAUGCCAGUGUGACAGAACAAAAGACGGUUCUUGUUUUAUCUCUUCACCUGAACAGCUUAUUGUUGCCUUAAUACCACAGCACCAAGUGUUAUAUCCCGACCUUGAGCUUGACCCCAAUUUUACUUCAUUUCCAUUUACUCAGAGUUUUCAAGCAUCAGAAGCUCUCUGUAGACUUUACAGCAAUCUAACAGCUUGUCAGACGCUUGCCAAUCUUUGUGUACUGCUUCAUUAUACCAAAAAUCAUUUCACAGAUUCAUUACAAGAUGCUUGCAGUACAUACACAGAUUUGAAGAAACAGCGAGUUCUAGAUGGAUCUGUUGAUCCAUCUCUUCCAGACUGGCCGAAAACAAUGCCAUGGUUGUAUUAUGAAAAUCGAGAUAUCCUGACUAGCACUGACAUUAAGACAAGCUUUUCAUUUAAAAACAAAGCUGAACAACCAGCCUCACUUAGCCUCAUUGCUGCUGUCUAUUCUUUCAAUGGCUCGUUUCUUGGCCUCCAAGAUGCUUCUGAUUUAUUGCAGUUAUGUGAUGACCGAAUGCUUGUUGUCUUGUCAGCAUAUGAGGUAGGAACAGAAUACAGUAAUGAAUGUGACUUGCAUCUGAUGUCUGCUUUGUCACAACCUACACUGUUCUAUGAUUUGUAUCUGAAAGAUGGAGAUCGUCUGUUUCCUAUUCCUGUUCUUAAUGAGAACUAUCGUAGCGAAGGAACAUACGUGAACACUAUGAGUGACACACAAGAGUGGCAGUUAACACGACGCUUUUUUCUUAUUGAUUCAAUCAGUGGAGUUGAAGCUUCAGGCGAGCCACCAAGAGUUGUCCGAAUAGCUGACGUAAUUCUAUUGGAUGUAAAACUUCGUUCUGAUGGUGAUGGACACAUUUACCCACCGCUACUACGUAUCCACUAUAAAGAAGUUCAACAGAGUGAACUGACUGACACAUCAACUCUGUCUGUCUCAUUUUCUGUGUCGUAUUCAAUGGACACAGAAUCAUUUGAGACAGGUGUUCGUGUGGCUAUUGGUCUUAUGUCUGGACUUGCUUUUCUUUACACUAUUCUACUCAUACAUGGCUGGAGACGACGAAAUGGAACAGAAACAUUAGAUUUGUCUACUGUAACCACUUUCUUCUUUAUGUUAUGUGGUACACUGGCCUCUUCCUAUUUCUGGAUUCUAUUCAGUAGUGGAGCCUAUUGGCUUCUCUUCUUCAAAGGACAACAAAAAGUGUCUAUUCUACUUCCCACAUCGUCACAAGAGAGAAUAUUUGUUGGACUAAUUAUUUCCUUUGGUGUAUUGAAGAUUUUGCACAUGUUACACAUUGUUUGGAGGCAAGUUAAUGUUGACAUAUUUUUCAUUGACUGGGAGAAACCUCGAGGCAACACAACAAGGCCAAGUGCUUCCACUGCCAUUCCAACAGAUACAGAUGCAGAACAUGGUGCUGCAGAGACCUGCCAGUGGCGACCAGGAGGAGAUCAAUUCCCAGUCAGUAUCUGGAGAACAUACUUUAUAGCUAAUGAAUGGAAUGAGUUACAAACAAUGCGCAAAAUUAACAGUAUUUUUCAGAUACUAGUCGUGCUGUUCUUCCUCCAAGUUGUUGGCUUCUCUGAUGUCUGUCGUCGUAACCCACACACAUUCUAUUCACUUUCUAGAGACGAAUAUCCAGCACCUUCAAGUCGAAUCCUCAGGUUUUCCAUGGCAGUCACCAUUUAUGUUAUUGUUGCUAUCAUUCAGUGGAUAUUCUUUGUGUUUAUCUAUGAGCGCUUUAUAGAAGACAAAAUCCGUCAGUUUGUGGAUGUUUGCUCAAUGGCUAAUAUUAGUGUGUUCAUUAUUGAACACAAUGUAUUUGGUUACUACAUUCAUGGACGCUCUGUCCAUGGACGUGCUGACACAGACAUGCUGGACAUGAAUCUCCAGCUGAAACGUGAAGAAGAAGAUCUUUGUGGUAAACGUGGCUUACUACCCGAAUCAGACCAACAGACUUUUGAAUUGGCUCUUACUCUCAGAUUGAGGCAACAGUAUGAUCGCCUCAUGCUGCCUGUUCGUGAGCAGCUAGCUCACCGAACAGACCAUGACAGAAGAGCUCAACAUCCACCCACAGGAGCAUCUCAACACUUCAACACUCGAACACUCCAAGCGUAUUUCAUUAUGAACAGAUUCCUGUCUGCAUUUUUGGAUCAUGCGCUACGAGAUUUCGACUAUAUGGUAAGAGACAAGAUCCUUUUGGAGCGCCUGAUGGGAAUGGAGUUCAAUGAUCCAAUAGAGAAAGCUCUAUUCUACAAUGAUGAAGGUCACAGCUUCGAUAAUGUUGUGUUUUAUGGCAACGAGUGGAAUCUCACGUUGUUUGAUCUUGCCAUUUUUACUCUCAUAGACCUCAUGGCUACUGACUUUGUGUUGGCAGCUUUCAUAACCUACAUAGUCAGUCAACUGUUAGUUUUAGUAAGAGAUAGUUUGGGACGAAGGAAUCUAGUGACAAAGACAAUGGUCGAUAGGCGAUUUCUGAUCUAG